CGCAGGAAGUGGCGCGCAACUGUUGAAAAAGUAUCACACAACAAACUGAGCCGAAGGUUUUGAUGCUGAUGAACGUCGUUAAGUUGAAAGUAGCAGCUUUAAAAACAGUUUAAGGGACUUUUCUUGUUGCUCACCGUGGCUCCCAGUCGUUAAAUAUGUCGUUUGUGAGAGUGGGGCGUCCACAGCAGUACAGCAAAGGGAAAAGGCCUGUUGGUCCAAAGAAAGCAGCAGCAGCUCCCAGAAGAGCGUGGGUGAGCACUGUCAAUGACCUGUCUGUGCACAAGCUGACACCUGCAGAGCUGAGUCAUCGACAUGAGAUGCACAAAUCUCACAACAAGGCUGCAGCUCAGUGGGAGCUUAAAGAAAAGGCCCUGAAACGUCGUCUCAGACACGCAGGGAGCCCUGGACCUCUGGACCAGGCCAGCCUCAGCAUCAUCAGGGAGGUUUUCUCUGAUCAGCUUCUGCUGCAGGAUGUGCUGGCCAGAUCUGACAGAGCCAUGGCUGUAGUCAAGGACCUGUUUGGAGAUGCUCCACGCAGACAGACAGGACAUCCCAGCGUGACCAUGGCUCCAAACUGUGACUCUGAUACUGAACUGCCUGUUCUCCAGAGACCAGAUCCUCCAACUCAUCUGUCGCUCCUCAGCCAGUCUAUGAUGGAUCAAGAGGCACUUAAUGAAUUAGAAGCUUCAGAAGAAGACCACAAACACAUAAAUUCCCAUCCCUCUGGCAGUUCAGAAUAUAAUGUAAUCCGAAGAACUAAUGUAAGAAAAAUGAAAAUGCCGACUCGGGGUAGAGUGACGCAGCAGCAGAAAGUCUAUCAUCCCCACUAUCACCAUGGAGAUGAGGAUAAUGUUCCAGUGACCCCCUGCAUAUCAGGCAGAGCACCAGACCAAGCAGCUCUCAACGCCACAGUCGCUGUUCAGCGUGUUCGGUCAAAACAGAGUCAGUCUGAGGAAGGUGAGGUCCCCGUUUCUCAGGUCCUGAAUCCUGAACAGCCUCUCAGCCAGUCAGGAAUGAUCAGAAGUCACACCAGCAGAACCAGGAAGUGUGCUUCUCAUAGUUCACAGCUGGAUGGCUCCUCUGUGGCCUCGCUCAGUGGGGACCAGUCCAGUCUGGGGCAGCUGCAGUCCAUGCUGGGUCAGGUAGAGGCAGACCUGGAUGCUAUGAGUCCUGACGCAGAACCAGCAUCAGCACAGAGUCCAAAACAGCAGAGAACACAAGGCCUCACGGGAUUCUCUGUCGCCUUGGUCUCCACAAUCGGACGUUUAGUGCAUCUCCUCAAACAGAGGGAAGACGAAGCUCAGAAAGAGGUUGAGGAGAGAAGAAGCCUGGAGGAGCAGCUAAAAGAGCAGCGAGGGCUUAUUGAUGCUCUUACCGCUGAAACCAUGACUCUGAGAGAAGAGGCUGCUGCCCUGCAGGCAGGGUUGCAGCAGCGGACCGCAGAGCUGGAGCAGAAGUUGGACGCAGUGGUGUUGCUGAUGGGAGGUCUGGGACUACUGGGGGAACAAAGCAGCCAACCCCAAGACUCUGACGUUCACACUGCAGUUUCUCAGUCUGCACCUGUUGCUGAGCGAGUUUCUGAGAGACUUCCUGAGGAAACGCAAGUUUCUGUUCCUCCUGCUGUCCUGCUCUCCCCACCUCGACAGACUGACAACUGGCAACACGUUUCUGUGGCUCAUCCUGUGCCACAGCAUCAGCAGCUUAAUCCUGUAGAAACCCUGCAUUCCUGUGAGGACUUCCAGGCUCACGGCUCAGCCUCUAGUCUCAACAGUUUACCACUCACCUCCGCCUCGUCACUAUCGCAGAGCUCCAACCCUCUCAGCGCAUGUGUCUCUCCAAGUGCAAUGCUUGCAGAGAUCGCUCAGCUGAACAGACAGAAUGACGUGAUCAGGGCUCAGCUCAGCCGGGUGAAGAGCCUCGAGUCAAAGGUGGGAGGAUCGCUGAAUAAUAACAGCGAAUGUGGAAGCUCGAGCUCCAGCAGCACAGGCAGAGUCACAGCUCAGAGUGUUGGAGAAAGAAGGAUGUCUGGAUCCAGCAGCAGCACAGGCAGACGGAUCCAGAGAAUCCGGACUCCUGAGAAAGAGCAGCUGACUCAACAGGUAACAUCAUCAAACAGUGUGGAGCAGCGCCUCCUGGAGCUGAACCGGCAGAGCGCAGCAGCCAGGGGUCGACUGCUGGACCUUAUUGAGCAACAGAAGCAAAACGUUUCAGCCAGAGUGUCUCCCUCCGUCUCCCCCAUCCCUCCCUCUGCUUUCAGCCCAAAUACAGCAGCUGAAGGAGGAAGUCGAGAGGUGCUGCCUGAACAGGAGCUCUGGUCCCAUGAUGCUGCUGAGAGACGAUAUGCUGGUUCUGAUGUGUCUUCUCACAGCUUUGGAAGAGAAACCAGUGAUGGCAAAACACAGGUACACACACAGAUGGACAAGCCGAGAGAACGAGAAGGAUGGUUUGCCUUGUCUGCACAUGUGAGAUGACGGGAGGGAUAACCGAAAAAUCCUGAGGGUCUUUAGUUAAAAGCUGUGAUUUUUAGUAUUUUAUGUUUUUUAAAAUGACUGAAUUAAAAAAAAUUUUAACAUU